UUUCUUCUCUCUCUUGUUUCUCUCUCUAGGGUUGGUGGCAUUGGCAGUGUGGUUUCCUCUUCUGCAGGUGAUGUGAUUUCUUCCCUGAAUUAGCAAAUUCCACAUGAUUUUUAAACCCCUUCCAUUUCUCAUAGAAUCAAACUGCUGGCUGUCUCAACGUCUCCCCUAUUUCUACAUACAUAAAUAAAUUAUGUUUUGUUCAUUUUCCACUUUUGCAUUUGUACAAAAUGCAGCCCUUGUUUGCUAUCCCUUUUUAUGUACUACAAAUUUUGUGUAUAUUGGUAAUUUCUAGGCAUGAGUUUGGUAAAUGCGGAUUAGGGACAAUUUUUGAUAAUUUCUAUACAUUUUGAUAUAAAUAGAAUAAUUAUUUACAUUCCGAUAAUUUUAAUUAUAAUUGAUUUAAACAAACGAAAAUAAAAUAAAAUGAAAAGUGGCUAAAAAUUUUGGGGCCAUCUUAUAGCUGUGGACAUUUUUUUUUGUGAGCGCAGAUAAAUAAACUGGGGUUGUGGACAAAAAAGAGGCGGGGCUAUUGGAAGUUUCCGCCUUACAGUGGAUGCCCUAAGGGCUGAAGCCGCUUGCUCGGAAUUGUAAAAUUGAUGAGAUGCAAAUUGCAGUAAAGGUGUAGGAAGAUGGUGAGGCAAAAGAUUGAGAUAAAGAAGAUCGAUAACUUGACAUCGAGGCAGGUGACUUUUUCGAAGAGGAGAAGAGGGCUUUUCAAGAAAGCGAAAGAACUCGCCACACUCUUUGCGAUGCUGAGAUUGCUCUCAUUGUUUUCUCGGCCACCGGCAGGCUCUUCGACUACUCCACCUCCAGCAUGAUGCAAGUGAUUCAAAAGCGUAAGGUGCAACCAGCUGAGGGUAUCAACCGAUUCCGGCAAACUCUCCUCAGUCAGGUGGGAGGCGACAACAAUGAUGCGAUCAGCAAGGAACACAUGGCCUUGACUCGCGAAUUCAAUCGGCUUAAGGGAGAAGAGCUCGAAGAGCUCGACAUGAAUGAACUGGCCAGGCUAGAAAGAGUGGUAGAGUCAGCCUUGGGACGAGUUGCUAAAAAAGUUUAUGUUCGAGAUCAGCAAGCUGGAGACAAGGGGAAUCGAACUGGAGAAAGAAAAUGCGAUGCUGAAACAGCAAGCUGAGAAACCAGAAACGCAGCGGAGCAAGGAAGUACGGUUGAGUCCAUCGCCAACUCCUAUGGCUUUCGCGGCCACUAUCCGGACCAGGGCAAGAGCAUCUCCGAUACUGCUCUCAAGCUGGGGUGUGUAUGAGGAAGGUUUAUAAACCCUAGUUAUCAAACGUGACUUGAUAAAAAGGUAAUAUUGUCGAAAGAGCCACAAAAUUUGGUCAAAUUCUGUUCUAUCUCGUAAAUUUAAAAAUCAGACAGAAUCAUCAUGAAGCUUGGAUUUGUUCACUUUUAGUGGUGAUUUUUUUUUUUGUAUAUAAUAGCCGAGAAAGCAUAUGUGAAUGUCUCACUAGUGGUGAGUUAAAUGA